CUGAUUUGGGCUGAAAACAAGAGGCUGAACAAGGGGAUGGAUGCAGUGGAGAAGAGGGGACCGUACAUCAUGAGCAAGCCUCCCUCCAUUCACACCAAGCUCCAGAGGCAGCGGGAGCUGGCAAAGGCAGCGCUGCGAAGGCAGGGGCUGCUGGGGGGACCCGCCCUGCACCACCCGAAGCCGGCGGCUAAAAGGUCGGUGAAGUUUAAUAAGGGCUACACAGCGCUUAGCCAGACAGUGGAUGACAACCUGGUCUCCCUCGAUUCGGACAGUGACGGGGAGCUGGGAUCCAGAUGUUCCUCAGGCUACUCCUCUGCUGAGCAGGUGAACCAGGACCUGAGCCGGCAGCUACUGCAGGAUGGGUACCACCUCGAUGAGGUCCCUGACGAUGAAGAUUUGGAUCUUAUCCCGCCAAAACCUGUCACCUCCUCUUCUUGUCCUCGUUGUUUUGGGGAAAAUCUCUCCUGUGUGAUCCAGUAG